GUUUGUGUUGAAGCCAACAGGCACAAUAUAUUACAGUCUAGGGCUUGCUGCUGAAAAGCCCGCUGGAUCCUCCACUGACCUGCUGUUCUUUCCUGCUUUCCUCUUGCAUUUUUUUCCACAUUUAGAUUAAAAACAAAGCUCUCACUCUCUCACACACACACUCUCACUCCCGUCCCCUCCUCCUUCUCCUUCUCCUCCUCCUCCUUUUUCUUCUUCUUCUUCUUCUUCUUCUUCUUAUCCUCCUUCUUCUUUUCUGCGGCAGCAGUCAAGGCAGAGGCUUCAGUGUGUCACAGAGAGGGCGAAGAGGAGGAAAAAGCAGAGAAGAAGACUAUUUGAUCGAGCUGAAUGUUUGUUUACGUUUGUGUGUUUCGCCAUUGGACGGCUGGGUGAAGGGGCAGGAGGAGAAGAGGGGCGAAGAGUAGGAGAAGUGGAAGAGGCGAGCUUGUCUGGAUGAAAUUCUCUGUGUCAUGUCACUACGUGUGGACCCUGACUGAUCACAGGGUGAGGAGAAGGCUGAGAGACGCUAAGGAGGAGAAACUGAGACUUUCACUGUGGAAAGGACAAGAGAGGAGGAGGAGGUAAAGUCCGCUGCUCCGUUUUGUCAUGAUAUUAUCGGAUGAAGGAAUUGACAGACUUCUUCUUCAGUUGUGCGUCAAGAGGAAUAUGCAGUAAAAGAUAAAUAUAUAUAUACAUAUAUAGGGAGAGAGCGCGCGAGAAAAAGCAAAGAACAGAAGAGUAAAGACUGCUGCGUUCAACCCUGCCAAGGAGCAGGAACUGGACUUAUUGACUGGUGAGAGUGUGCGGGGGUUUGUGUGUGCGUGUGUGUGGCUGUGUAACCGGUGGAGGGCAGAGGAGUGGAGGGCCAGGGGACUAACCUGGCCAUCAAACGGACUGGCAGCCUCUCCUCUCCUGGGAUCAUGUACCCUCAGGGCAGGCAUCCGGUCCCCUUGCAACCUGGCCAGUCUUUCAAGUUCACAGUCCUGGAAACUCUGGACCGAAUCAAGGAGGAAUUCCAAUUCCUCCAGGCUCAGUAUCACAGCCUGAAGCUGGAGUGUGAGAAGCUGGCCAGUGAGAAGACUGAGAUGCAGAGGCACUACAUCAUGUACUAUGAGAUGUCCUACGGUCUCAACAUUGAGAUGCACAAGCAGGCGGAGAUUGUCAAGCGUCUCAGUGCCAUCUGUGCUCAGAUCACCCCUUUCCUCUCUCAAGAGCACCAGCAACAGGUGGUCCAAGCUGUGGAGAGGGCCAAGCAGGUCACUAUGGCUGAACUCAACGCCAUCAUCGGGCAGCAGCAGCUCCAGCACCUGUCUCACCACGCCCCUGGCAUCCCCCUGACGCCACACCCAUCAGGGCUGUCCCUGGGCGCAGGGGGCUCAGGACUGCUGGCACUGACGGGGGCUUUGGGGGUCUCAGCCCACCUUGCCUCCAAAGAUGAGCGCAACCACCUGGACCCUGAACAUCUCAGAGAGGGAGCGCCCAGCAGGAGUAAGUCGGUGUCAUCCACAGACAGCCAGCCAAAUGAAGAGCGCCAAGGCCCAUCAGGAGGUUACGCCUCCUCGCAGGGAGGAGCUGAGGCCAAGAGAAGGCGCUGUGACGACAAAGAGUCUCUCCCGCCACAUUCCUACGACAGCGAUGGAGACAAGAGCGAAGACAAUCUUGUAGUGGAUGUCUCCAAUGAGGAGCCUAACUCUCCCGCAGGCAGCCCUCCUCACUCACCCCAUGGGAAUGGGUUAGACCGGGCCCCCACUCUGAGGAAAGAGCUUCCAGGGUCCUCGAGCACAGGAGAGGCACCGUCCACGCCAAACCCCCGCAGCCCAACCACAGGCAAAGCCAAGGACCCUGGACAGAUGGAUAAGUCCCAGUCCCCGUUGUCUAAGUCUGGCACCCCGUCCCCAUCCCACCGUGAGGCCCUUACCCCAGGAACACCAGGAGCUCCUGGUCCCAGCACCUCCUGCCUUCGCCUAGUCAGCAAAGCAGCAACCAGUGCAGAUCCCCUUGCUCUCCGCAGUCCCAUGUCUGUGCCCCCCGGUUCAUACCCGGCUCAUUUUGGCGUGGUGUCCCACGCAGGACUGAAUGGGGAGCUGGCCAGCCCAGGAGGCUUCGGAGGGGCUCUGACUCUCUCCCCGCAAAUCAGCGCCGCGGCCAGCGCGUACUCCAGAAGCCCCAUGGUGGCGUAUGACUCUCGGUCUCACCUAAGGGCCCCGGGGCUGCCCUCCUCUCUCCCUGGUUCCUCUGGUGGCAAGCCCGCCUAUUCGUUCCACGUGAGCGCGGACGGCCAGAUGCAGCCCGUGCCCUUUCCUCCCGACGCUCUGCUGGGUCCGGGAAUCCCUCGUCACGCCCGUCAGAUCCACACCCUGAGCCACGGGGAGGUGGUGUGCGCCGUCACCAUCAGCACCUCGACUCGUCACGUGUACACCGGAGGGAAGGGCUGUGUCAAGGUGUGGGACAUCAGCCAACCAGGAAGCAAGAGCCCCAUGGCCCAGCUGGACUGUCUGAACAGGGAUAACUACAUCCGCUCCUGUAAAAUCCUCCCAGACGGACGAACCUUGAUUGUUGGAGGAGAGGCCAGCACGUUGUCAAUCUGGGAUUUGGCCACGCCAACUCCCCGCAUCAAGGCGGAGCUGACGUCGUCCGCUCCCGCCUGCUACGCUCUGGCCAUCUCCCCUGACAACAAGGUCUGCUUUUCCUGCUGCAGCGACGGCAACAUCGUCGUCUGGGACCUUCACAACCAGACGCUCGUCAGGCAGUUCCAGGGCCACACGGACGGAGCGAGCUGCAUCGAUAUCUCCAACGACGGCACCAAGCUGUGGACGGGAGGGCUGGACAACACAGUCCGCUGCUGGGACCUCCGAGAGGGACGCCAGCUGCAGCAACACGAUUUCACUUCACAGAUCUUCUCUCUGGGCUACUGUCCGACAGGCGAGUGGUUGGCUGUGGGAAUGGAGAGCAGUAACGUGGAAGUCCUCCAUGUCUCCAAACCGGACAAAUAUCAGCUGCACCUGCACGAGAGCUGCGUUCUCUCCCUCAAGUUCGCCUACUGCGGGAAGUGGUUUGUGAGCACAGGAAAAGACAAUCUGUUGAAUGCAUGGAGGACACCUUAUGGAGCUAGUAUUUUCCAGUCCAAGGAGUCUUCAUCAGUGCUGAGCUGUGACGUCUCCCCAGACGACAAGUACAUAGUAACUGGCUCUGGGGACAAGAAGGCCACGGUGUACGAGGUGGUGUACUGAGGGCCGGGACAAGAUGGGAAGAGACAAGGUGGAGAUUUUAGGGGCGGGACACUCUGCCAACCACUCCUGAUCCUCAUUACAUCAGCAACAGCAGCACCUCCGUCUCAGUCGUCUUGAGUCCUCCUGACUCUUACCCCCAAAACAUCACUCCCCCCCCUCUCUUUUUUUUUUUUUUGCUGUGAUAUAAGCUACUGUGGAAGCUCCCAAAUGCCAUCUCCCCUCCUCCCCCUUCCACUUUUAGCCCAAGGAUGAGGCAUGAUAGCAGAGAGAGAGAGGCAGAAUGGGGAGCAGCAAGAUAAGAAGGACAAAGGAAAAGGGCGGUGGAGCAUGAAGAUAAAGUUUGGAGGAGAAAGAGGGAAAGAUGAGGAGAAGAGAAAGAGUGAGUGCGGAAGGAAGAAAUGAAAGGGAGGAAGAGGACGAUGAGGAGGAGGAGGGAGGCAGGGUAAUUAGGGCUGUUUCCUGAUUAAGAGCUCAGUGGAAGGGAGGCCCCCAGAGGAGGUGCGGAGCGGCACUGUGGGAGCGCCAGCCAGGAGCACUGAUACCACACAAUCGAUUCAUUAGCCAGACAGUGGAAGCCUUAAUGAGGCUGACGCCGCAGCUCGAUCUCCCCAGCGAGAGGUGUCAGGAGCUGGGGAAUGAUGACGCUCCGAGACGGAAGGGGGCUGCUUCAGAUAUCCACAUACACUGACGUGAAACAUAGACCUGCUAAUACACACACGCGCGCGGCAUCAGGCUAGAAUACACACACACUCGCUUCCACCCCCUUGAGGUACUCGUAUGAAGAGAGAAACACACACAACACAUAGAGCACCCAAUUAAACAUUCACCGCAGCGCUCCCCGUCUCACUGCUAAUAUCUAUUUUAUUUUGGUCUGACAAAGGCAGCGUCUAAUGAGCAGCGGAGUCAAUGGGAUUCUCCCAGGGCCCAGAGACACAAACAGAGAACAUCAGCCGAGCUGUUCAUUCUAAUUCCUCUGGAUUGUUCUCCUGACACCGGGCGCUGCACUCACUCUCAUUAAAGGCACUGUCAGCUAGAUGAAGUAGCAGCACGCCAGCUUCACUGUAAGGCGGACGAGGGGGCAAAUUAACACCACACGUUUACGCUAUCAUCAGCAGCCAACUAAGCAGCGACUAAUCCGAUUCCUUUCAAAUUUUAUGCAACUAGUUGCUGUUUUCAUUUACAGACGAGAUUACAUGUUUAUCAGAGUCAUUAUCUCCAUCUCUGCCUGCCUGCUUACGUGCUAGUGUUCAAGUGCUCGGGCUAAUUCUUGUUUCAUAAGCUAUUGAUUUCUAUUAACUGAGAUGCUAAACACCUUAAAGAAUUUUUUACAUUUUCACUUGCUCACUGAGAUUACGAUUAGAAGAUUUAUGCCACUCUCAUGUCUGUAAAUUCGCCGCAAGCAGCCUUCCAAUGUAGCUUGGCCAACAGACAGAAAACAGGUGCCCAAAAGAGCAUUUUACUCUUUUAAGAGCGUACAAAUCGGUUUUUAUUGACAACAUUUGACGCACCACGCUAGCUGGCUUAAACACCUUACCGCUGUCAACUGCAUGCUGAAGUUUCAGUGCAGCCAGAAUAAAAAUAGUUGAAAAUAACUUGUGUCAAUAUGUCACAAACAAUGCAAUCAGUAUCGUCCAUGAGUUCAGCUUCUUUUGGCCCGUUUAUGCCGGACCGGUCGCUUUGCAUGCAAACAGCUCCAUACCACCGUGUAGGGGAGAGCAGCGUGUCGUGAUUUAUGAGCUGAAUCAUCAUCACUAUGCAAACACAUUUUAAUGACAGCUAAAUCACUGUGAUUUUUACUUUCCACUAAUUAGUUAGAAACACAACUUUCAGCCUUUCUUAUAUUUUAAAAUUGGGGUUUUUGGAGACCUGGGAUGUAAAUGUGCCGGCACUUUUGGGUCAGCUUCUGUUGUGUGUUCAGGCUAUAAAUAAAACAGACGUGACAACACAAAAGGGUUCAGACAUUUUUCAAAGUGCCUGUUUGUUAAUUUAAUACAAAUCGCUAAACUUACAGGACAGAAACUACAUAUCAAUCCUGUCAGGGUAGUAUUGAUCCAGUACCAAUAGCAGCAUUGGUAUCGUUACUAUGGCAACAUUCAGAAAAUAAAAUAAAUGCAUAACUCAGAGGGGUUUUUUUUCCAGAAAGCCUGAUGUUUUCAAACUGUUGCAACAUCUCCCUCUCUGUAGUGUGUGACUCUCCAAGCUUCUGUACCAGCCUGUGCUGGUUUUUAACCAGUGGUUAAAAACCAGCACAGGCAUAAAGUCAGCCAGCAUAAAUAUGUCCUUACAAGCUGGAGACAGGUGCUUUUGGUGAAUUUGGUUUGCAUGCCAUCAAUAAAGUUUGGCCAGGUGCUUCCUCAGAUUGGAUGCGUUACCGUGGCCACCUUCACAUUUAGCACCACAAAUGUCACAGAGGGCGUCGUCUGCAUAUAUCACAUCAGAUCGCUCAAACGCUGCUGAAGUCGAGGUUAAUACUUUCUCCACUUUUCUGUUUGUGGGCUAAGCUUACUUGCGUAUUAGUGGCCCUGACUAAUAGCAGGCUAGUAAAACGAUGAUUCUCCCUGUUUUUCUUCUGUGGCUACACUGAGUAUUAAUCUAUUCUGAAGUAUUCUAGCACGUUGUACAGCUUUUACUUGGCUUUUUGUGGAUAAACGCAUGAGCAUUGGAGAUGCUGGUAAGGAGUUUUUAGGGGUUUUUCUUUACAUUUCAGAGUCAGGCUACCCGUUCUCGUUUCUGUGUACUAAGCUAUCAGGCCUUGUAAUUAUUGUACAGACAUGAGAGUACUAUCAGUCUUUCUAAUUCUUGUUAUGACAGCAAAUAAGAAAAAUAUCAAGCUACUUCUUUAAAUAUAAUCCUUACUUUUGAUUCCUACUUGUAUCAUAUUCCAAACUGGCAGGCAAACUGUAUAUCGGAGCUCUCUGCUUCUGUAGAACAUGCAUCACCAAUGUUUAGACUAAAAAGGCACAUUUCAAGAUUUUCUUUGAUUACUCGUUAAUUUCUGAAUAUUUUUUUUUAAUAGUGAUUGCUUGUCUUAUGUAAUGGUGUAUUUAUGUAUUGGGGUUGCCUAUGAUUAUGGGGAGGAAUGCACUCACACAUGGAGACAGAAUAUCAAGAGGAACACAGGUGGGACUACUUUUUUGUCUUUUUUUUAAAUCAGGGUACCUUUUAUCCUUGGUAAUGGUGAUGGGCAGAGGGUGUACAACAUCAGCAAUCCAGUGUAAAGAAAAAAAGAGCUCCUCUGUCCACUCCUUGUUUUUAUUAUCCCCCUUUUUUUCCAAAGUGGUAGUGCGUGUAUUUUAGUCUGUUUUCAGUCCUUACUGUGUAGUAAUAAGCUGUUUCUGUUGAGUCUGUGGACCGUGUACAACAGGAGUUGGCUGCGACAUGAAAAUAUAGAUUUAGCCAUUGAUUGAUCGAUUGAGGUUCCACUUUUUAUUGCAUGUUUGUUGCAUUAAGCUCCACUGCUGGUAGAACAAAAUCAAUCUGGUUUCGUUCGGUAAAUACAGCGAACGGUCUCACAGCCGCAGUUUUACACAAGAAAAUCUUAGCGUGACAGUAUGCAAUCUAGCUCAUCUGUAUAAAAUGUCAGCAGGACUCUUCCAUGCUUCUUGCUGCAGCACUAAUGCAGAAUGGGAGAUUUACGAGAGACUUCUGAGAUGGCUCGUGUACCAGCCAGGAGUCAGAGAUAAUCUGUACAGUUUAAUGCCUUUGCCUGCCUGUUUCCCUUUCUGCCUGACAGCCACAGGCAAAUCUAAACAAUAUUCUCAUACACAAGCUUGUAAUCUACUCAAAAUGAUGCUGUAUAAUGGCUAUGCAUUUGGUGGUAUAGCAUAAAUAUUUGGGACAUUGUAUUUGAUACUUUUCUUUAACAGUAGGUAACACGUCUCCCCUGCUUGUGCUUCUCUGUUCCAACAGUGUUCAAAACUUAUCUCCCCCCCAUUUUACAAGUUCAUGUAAAGUUUCUCUUUUAAAAAGCCAAGGAACUUCCUCCUUUUUGUUUCUUUUUUUUCUUUUCUUUUUAACUGGGUCUUCCCUCCUGAAGUGUUUUCCCACGUGCUGUAAAAGAAAUACUAUGUGUGAAAAAUAAACCAAACUUGUGUUCAUCCUU